AUGCAAACACCACUUAACUCUUCAGAAACCAAAGCUGUCACAUCAGAAACGCUUGAGAGGGAUCCUUCCUUCCUCCAACACCGCAGUCCAGCGGGAAGCGGCCGCCGCUCCGCGCAGACCGAGGGGCGCAGGGCUCCCCUGUCACCACUCCACAGGAAGGGAUUCUCCCGAGCCCGUGGCAGCCCGGGGCACGGCCGGUCGCCGACAGACACCAGCGCUUCGGGAGCAGGUCCUCCUCAUCCUCCCUGCCUGCACGUCCCCCUACACAACAGGUCCCCGCCGCCGCCUCAUGCUCCCCAGCGCCUCGGCCCCGCGGGAGGGAGGUUGGGAGGCAGGGGACGGGGAAGCUUCUCCGCCGCUAGAUCUCUGCCAGGACUUCUCCCUCCCCGCACCAUCCUCGCCGCCCGGCUCAGCGCCGCCGCGGCCGCUCGCACCCCGCCCCGCCGCAGGCUCUCGCCCACGGCCCGCGGCGGUGCCGGGGCCCCCCCCGCAUCCCGCCCCCUCCCCCGGCGCGCAGGAGCGGCUCCCCGCCGGCGUCCCCGGCUUCGCUGUGCUCCGGCCCCGCAGCAAGGUGAGAAAAACGCCCGGCUUCCCCCUUCGCCAACCAGAGAGCGGCGACUUUCUCUUCACCCUUCUUUGCGAGCGUCUAUCCAGGUUUCCCCCCGGCAGCCAGACCCCGAAGCAGCAGCUGCCACCACCUCUUCAUUUUCAGGGGGAGGCGGUAACCACCGCAGCGCCGGCCGCCCGCCCGCCCGCCCGCGGGAGGAGCCGGCGGGGGACGGGACCACAGGGGCGCGCACCCUCCGCCGCUCCCGGCCGGCCGGUCACUCAGCCACAGGGCAGCACGUCCCUCGCGCCAACCGGCCCGGCCCGGCCCGGCCCUCUCCCCCGCCACCGGAGCGCGGUGACUGCACUAACUCUUCUCCAUCGCCACCUCCCCGCAGGCAGCCUCCCCGCCGGCCGGGCUGGAAGCGCAGGGCGGCGAGCCGGGCAGCGGUGUCCGCCCUGGAGCCCCGCUCCCACUGCCACCGCCGCCGCCUCCCGCUCAGCCGAGCCGCCCCCGACCCACGCUCCGCUGAGCCGCGAGCGGUGUAUGCCGUUAGCCCCGGGCGGCAGCCGCGUCCCGCCCCGCUGCCGCAACCGGGCCGAAGCGGGCGAGUCCCGCCAGCGAACGGUGGGCACGGAGAAGCCCCGCCCGCGCGGCCCGACCUAGCGGCAGCGGCCCCCGCCCCGUGCGGGCUCGGACACGGCGCCCGAGACACGCCCCUCCGCCCGCCGGGAGUUGUAGUUUCGCUCAGUUGUAGUUUUGCUGCCGGAGGCGGGACGGCGUCGCGCGGGACUACAAGUCCCAGCAUGCCCUCCGAGCCGUCCCGGCGGGGCGGGGCAGGGCCGGGCCGGGCCGAGCCGAACUGA